UUGAAGUAGUCAACACAAUGUGGUCGGAAUUCGGUGACGACGCGCGUGUUUGCGGCAUCUUUGCACCACCGUAGCCGAUAACUUGAAAUUAAAAAUACAAGUUAUUAAGUGUUUCUAGUGAGGAUUAUUAAAUUAUUUUUUUAAAGUUUGCAGAUUGGGAAACGAUUAUGCUCUUCGAUCUAUAAAUAACUAUUAAUAAUCGCUCGAAUACCAUGUUGUCGACAUGGGCGCCCGAAAUGGACCCCAACAUCACCUUGGCGGAAUUCUUCAACGACACCCUGGACCCGUUGCCAGGCAACGCCACGUCACCAAAAGUCAUGAGUCAAAUGCAGACGUUACUCAUAAUCGUGAAGGUGGCAUAUGCAAUUGGUAUUGUGGGAAACGCGGCGGCGAUAAUCACGCUCAGGUUAGGCGAGAGACGAGUCAGGAAUAGAAAACACCUGUUGCUUCUUACAUCGUUGGCAGCUAAUGACUUGGUUGCACUGGUGGGCAUGGUCAGCGCUCUGCUGGUAGCGGAGCAUUUUCCUGAUGUGGCUCGAACUCAGGGAUACUGUGCAGCGCGUGUGGUGCUCCGCAUAUUCGGUAUCGGGAGCGUCUGCAUCGUCGUCACCAUGGCUCUUGAGCGAUAUCUUGCCCUCACCAGGCCUUUUGUCUACCAGAAGCAAGUAACGUACUUCAUGAUACGUAUGGCGCUUCUGGUAUCUUGGAUUUGGGCAGCGCUAUUGGCUUGCGCGCCCGUGAUUGGGAUUGGGAUAUAUUACGACGCUGACAGCCAGCGCUGCAUCAGAUACAGAAACGCGACUGAGGGCUUGGACUUUGCAUACGCUAUCUUCUACGUCACGUUUGGCAUAGCGCUGUGUAUGAUCCUGGUAUAUUGUAACCUGGCGGUUAUGCGAGCGCUGUACGCAAUUUCUACUCCACGGGAAGGUGGGCCAGUAGUUAGGCGGGUCUCCAAACGCAGCUGCCGUUCACGUUGUGAUGCCGCCCUACAUCAACAUAACGCAGCAACGGCUGAAGAAGUUACCUUUAGCAGAUUAAUGGCCACGCUCUCUGUUAUUUUCAUGAUCUGUUGGCUGCCACAAAUGGUAACAUCAGCGUUGUACCUGACUAUGGGUAAAACAUCUUGGCCACGCCUUGACAGCCUCGGACCGCCGUCAGACAUGUUAAUGUUGCUUAACUAUGUGCUGAAUCCCAUUAUUUACGUUCUGAUGAGGCAACGACGUCGCUGCUCAUUCACAAACCUCGGACGAAGCCUAGCACGCUGUUUUAAACGGAACCACAAGACAUCUACAGAAUCGAUGAAGACGUCUUGCUGCCCGCAGGAGACAAUUGUAAUGAGUGACAGCUCCGGGGCGGAGAUGCGACCACUUCGCGCCCCACCCUGUGCCAUCAUCUUUAACGUGGAUGACUGACGACGAUCAUUGAAUAAGGGAACGCGUUCGCUAACCUUUGCUACUACGUACGACAGGACCGAACCCAAAAGCUACAGCUUGAAGAGUCGGCACUAACGUAAUAUUUGUAUAUAAUAUAAAUUCGUCUAUGAAUAUCACGGACAAUAGACACUCUAUGGCAACAUUAAAAGAUUUCGGAGAAAGUGCUUUAAGAAAAAAAUUAUAAAGAAAAGAAAUCCGAUUACAAAUAAAACGCAAGAAAAUAUUUUACUAGUCUGUGUGGAAGUAGAACCGGCGUAGCGGUUAUGCGAAUUAGCGUUUGGACAGUAUACAUACUUUUUGUUAUUAAGUAUCUAUAUGAUUACUCUCCAACUAAAAAGUAUAUGACGAACCAUUUUUAUCAACAACGAAAAAUGCAAUUUAGUAUAGAUACGACUUUAAAUACCACGACGGUCCUUUUCCUCACAGACUCUACUAAGAUCUCAGAUAAAAACAAAUUUAAUAUUAUUUCGCGUUUUAGACUGUAGCUAGAAUUAAAAGGAUGAUAAAUGUGUUUAUUUCUAGUCUCUAAGGUCAUUGUGGAUGAACAAAAAACUAUGAAAAGAAAAUAUAUAAAUUUGUUCAAUAUUCGUUUUGUAUGUAAAUUUAUUUCCCAGAAUGUAUGCAA